AUGGUGCAUGUUACGAUGUUGACCGAGCUGUUUCAAUUUGUUUGCUGUGACAUUGAACAAGAACUGUGGCGCUGGCAGAAACGUGGGGGAAUAUCCUUGAAAAAAAUUCAUGGAGGAGCUGCAUCUGCCGAUUCGGAAAGUGCAAAUAAUUUCAUCACACUUUUCCCGAAUUUGAUUGAAGGCUACAAAUCAUCAGAUAUAUUUAACGCCGACGAGAGUGGUCUGUUUUUUAAAGCUUUACCGGUAUCAACCCUAAGCAGAAAAGAAAGUCAUAAUAAUGGAUUUAAAUCGUCAAAAGAUCGUUUAACUUUGCUUUUCAUAUGUAAUGCCACCGGUGAUUAUAAAAAAGUAACUAUCAUAGGUAAACCGAAAAAUCCGAAAAAUAAAAUUGUGCCUCUUAAAUACUAUCCCCAUCAAAAAGCGUGGAUGACGAGGGAAAUCUGGGAAAGUAUUCUAAUCUCUCUAGACGAGGAGAUGGCCAAACAAAACCGUAAGAUUAUUCUGUUCGUGGAUAAUGCUGCAUCUCACAAAACAACAAAAAUUCUGAAAAACAUUAAUAUUCAGUAUCUACCGGCCAAUGCUACCUCCUUGAUCCAACCAUUGGAUCAAGGGAUAAUACACUCUUUUAAAGCGUAUUAUAGGCAAAUUAUAAUACGAAAACAGAUUUCUGCUAUUGAAAGUGGAAAGACUAUUGGACAAUUUGCGAAAUCUAUAAAUAUUUUUAAUGCAUUGCAUAUAAUUAAACAUGCUUGGUGGUUAGUCAGACCAUUGUCUAUAACAAGGUGUUUCCAAAAGGCUAAAUUCAUUUCCGAAUGUGACGCAGCACCAUCUGCAGAAAAUGAGCAGGAGGAUAUCACGGAAACCAUCAGUGACUUAUCAGGGGAUGAAUUCGACAACCAACUACAUCCGUUGUGA